GGAGCAAUGUGUGAAUAUAGUGUGUGUAGUUUCUACAGUGCAUUUGGUAGCCUAAAUUGGCCUAUUCUACAUCCAAAGAGUUAAUUAAAAUCUACUGAAUUAAUAGUCUACUUUGUUAAAAAUCUCAUUAAGUUUUUUUUCGGUUUACUCCCAUGAUGACCGCUUCCUUAGAUUUUUUCAGGCAUUAGGUAGUUUUGAUGUAUGAGAGGAAUCCAGCUGCUCCAGAUGUAGUCCAGUAUAUUCCAAAGCCCAAGGAAAAAUGGGAUGAUAGAGAUUGCAAAAAGCACAAUCUGGACAACGUCGCCAAAGCAGCCAUCUUCAAGACACUUGAUCCCAUCACCUUCUCCAAGAUUAAGCAUCUCAAGACUGCCAUGGAAAUUUGGCAAGGUCUUGGGAAGCUAUGUGAGGGAUCAGAGGACCUGAGAAAGCAGAAGAUAGAAGUCCUGCUUGAGAAGUUCAAAAGCUUCAAAAUGCUUCUUGGAGAAUCAUUUGAUAUGUUGGAUGAAAGAUUCCACAAGAUAUUGAAUGAUCUUUCUUCACUUAACCACAUUCUUUCUCCCAAAAAAAAGAAUGUAAGGUUGCUGAGCUCACUCCCAACUGAGUGGUACACCAAAGCCACAGCCAUGGAAGAAGGAAGAAACCUGGAGAACUACACUGUUCAAGGUCUCCUUGAUGAACUCAGAACCUAUGAGCACGAGCUGAAGAAGAAGAAGGAAGAACAAGUCACUCCCUUCCCCACGGCAUUGAUGACAACUUCAAGAAUCCCAUCAAGUGAAGGGACAUGCACAAGAAACUGUGACACACCUUCCUCCAGCCAGCCGUCAAGCUCAAAAAUGGAGAACUACGAUGAGGAAUUUGCCAUGAUGGUCAAACAAUUCCGGAAGUUCAAGAAGUUCUUCAAGAAGGCUGAUUCAAUCAGAAGGCCAUCCAAGGGAAAGCCACAGGUGGAGAAGUACGGAGAAAGAGAAAGGAUCGAGAAGAAAAAGAAAGUAAUGGUUGCUGCUGAAAGUGACGAGUCAUCCAGCUCAAGCUCGGAUGAAGAAGCCCUCGUCUGCAUGGAGCGCAGAGUUGAGAAGUCCAACCAUGAGGAUAGGUGGACUAUGUCAGAAGAUGACACUCUCUGCCUAAUGGCCAAAGAUGAUGCUGAUCAAGAGGAAGCCGCUAAGUACCCAGGUGUCUGGUACUUAGACAGUGGCUGUUCAAGACACAUGACGGGUGAUGCGAGCCUUUUGAGCAAUCUAAUUCCCUAUGAUGGUCCAAGAGUUACUUUUGGAGGAAGAAACGAUUUUGGCCUUACUAAAGGGCUAGGAAAUCUGGUGUACAAGGGACUAAUCAUCCAAGCGGUAUCUUAUGUUGAAGGACUCAAUUAUAACCUUCUUAGCAUAAGUCAGUUUUGUGAUAAAGGUUACUCCUUGGAAUUCUGCAAGGACAUGGCAUCUCUCAAGAACAUCUCCACAAAUGAAGUCAUUCUCACUGGGAAGAGAAUCAGAAACAUCUAUGAAGUGAUAUGGAACGAUGUCAAGGAAGCAUGUCUAAUCAGCAAAGGUGACACUAACCUUCUAUGGCUUUGGCAUAAGAGAGAUAGGCCGUCCGCUCCACUGAGACGCCAAAACAGGAGAAUGGAGUCAUCACCAUGUCUUCUUCCUCUUCCUUCUUCUACAAAAGACUACCACAACUCCCUCCAUUCUUCACCAUUUCUUACAAAGUUUCAUUCUAUUCUGUUGCUCGGAGUGAGGAGAACGUGGUGGUGCUGUCGUAUUGGUGUGAGAUCGCCGGAGUUGAGAGCUAUCGUCGCCGAAAGUUUCACCAGAAAAUCUUCAAAACCUUCAUUUACCUUCGAGAAGUUGGAAGCCAAGUGCAACUCACCAACUUUCUAUCAAUCCUAUCUGGAGAUGAUUGUUGCUCAAGAGCUCUCCGAAUUCCUUCAUAUGGAGAUUCGAUUUAAGUAUGAGAACGAAGUUCUUGAAUUCUACAAGAAUGGAAAGAAGUUGGAAGCCAAGUGCUCCUCACCAACGUUCUAUCAAUCCUAUCUGGAGAUGAUUGCUGCUCAAGAGCUCUCCGAAUUCCUUCAUAUGGAGAUUCGAUUCAAGUAUGAGAACGAAGUUCUUGAAUUCUACAAGAAUGGAAAGGUCAAGACUGUCAAAUCGAAGAAGGACCCACAAAGGACGAUUCAAGUCAUCAAUUCCACUGUUGGAGGGACAAAAGUGAAGCUUUCGCAGAAGAAAUUGGGAGAAAAGCUUCACCUUCCCAAUUCUGGAGUUGAAAUUGGGAGACUUCCAGCCAAGAAUCUGGAUUGGAACAUUAUUGGAAUUUUUGGGCAAGCUCCCUCUGGCCCAGCGAAGAAAACUAAUCUGAACAACGACUACAAGCUAGUCCUUGAACUGGUCAUCGCAUGCCUCGAAUGUGGAAGUGGAGGACAUGCUGAUGACAUCACCCUAGAGAGGGCCUUCAUCAUCAAUGCCCUCAUUACCAAGUCUAAGAAUCUCAACGGGAAGAAUUCAACUUCUCCAAAGCUCCUCCUUGGUAUAAAUUCAAGAGAAUCGACACACAUGGGAGGGGGGAACAUCGACGGGAAUAAAGCAGCGGCCUGGCCGCUGCUAUGGAGGCCGGCGACGAGGCCGCGGUGACAGUAGUGGCGUCCGGCGAUGGCAGCUCUAUUGGGCAGCAACUUUCCUCCAGCUCCAAUUUCUUCAUCUUCUUCAACAUUUGGUAACCCUUAUUUGUCAAUUUCUUUUUCUUCUCCAAUUUCUUUGUAAAAGGGUUGUUCCAAUCUAAAUUUACACUUCUUUUUUUCCUUGUUUGUGUUAAUUUUGAAAAAAUCCAAAAUGGUUGGUGUUCUUUUAUGGGUUUUUUUUGAAUGUUUAUAUUAAAUCCCUUAUGAAUGAAAAUUGAUUCAUAUU